AUGGCGGCGAAGACGGCGGCGUCGGCGUAGGAGAAGCUGCUCAAUGAAAACUAAAGAGGGUCAAAUAUGACAAACCGCACCUCUGAGAUCAGAUCCAGAUCAGUCAGAAGUUAUAAACUAUUAAUACAGUUGAUGAAUUCAGCGCGAGGUGAAACUACCCACAAUGCACUGCUUUGACAGCGAUCCCUCCAGUCACGUCAGAGUAAACUUCCCUCAGACUGGAGGAGGCUGAACUCCAACAUGAGAAAAGUCCAUCACUGCGUUCACACACCGGUGUCAGUCUGCCAGUUCACACCGGUCCCUGCGGUCCCCGAGCAGAGGUGACGCCACCGGCGCCGUGGGCCGAGGCUGUCAGCGGUGCGAGCAGGAGGGAGGAGGAUAAAACAGACGGAGAGGAAGAAUGGAAACAAAGCGGCGUUAUGAGGAACACACCUGUUUCCUCGCAGAAGUGUCGGCUGGGAAAGCGCUCAGCCAGCUGCCAAAAUCAAACUCUGACGCUCUUCAACCUGCUUCGGUUUCAACAUGAGAACCUGCGGCCGCCGUCCGAGGGCGCGGCGACGUCUUCACUCUCAGCCGAUGAUGGAUUGUACGAAGGAAAAUCUCAUCAGGUGUGUUGUCAUGACGACUGA